AUGGAUCAGGAAGAGAUUACAGAGAAGAGAGUUUCAAAGGAUGGAAGCCCAACUGCUAGCGUCGAGCAUGCAGAGAAGCCCAGCAGCUCACAUGCGAUCUAUGAUGUUGAAGGCCGUACAACAGGCCCGAGUCACCUCAGCGCGGUCUUUGAGAAUCCGCUGGCAGGCAUCCCACGAGAGAAGUUGUUCGAUGAUGUCGAGAGAUUCUGUCGGAAAUAUGGCCUCGAAGAGCAUUUAGAGGACUUUCGAAAGGGGGCGCUCAUCUCGCAGAAUCCAGCAGGGGCACUCGACCUCCCGGAGCUGAGCGAAGAAGAUAAAGACAUUCUUCGACGAGAACAGACCCACAAAUGGUCGCAGCCAUGGCAGCUCUACUUCCUUGCCUCUAUGUGUUCCCUUGCUGCCGCUGUUCAAGGCAUGGAUGAGACUGUCAACAAUGGUGCGCAGACGAUCUACUUGAAGCAACUUGGGAUUGACUCGCCUCGCUUUUCGGACAAAAUGCAAGACUAUCUUACCGGUCUUGUCGUUGGUGCACCCUAUCUGGCCUGUGCAACAAUUGGGUGCUGGCUGACGGAGCCCAUGAACCGAUACCUAGCCCGUCGAGGAACGAUCUUCUGGUCCUGUUUCAUUGCUGCUGUCGCUUCCAUCUGGGAAGGCGUGGCGAAUUCCUGGGUCAAUCUGUUCCUCGCGCGGUUCGUUCUUGGUCUGGGCAUUGGUUCCAAAUCCUCCACGGUACCUGUCUACGCUGCUGAAUGCUCUCCUGCACCCAUUCGAGGCGCACUAGUCAUGAUGUGGCAGAUGUGGACCGCGUUCGGCAUUAUGCUGGGCAAUAUCAUGGGAGUGGCCUUCAUGGGUCUGUCCGAUGAUCUCUCCUGGCGUCUUAUGCUCGGCUCCACCGUCGUCCUUCCCAUCGUCGUCUGCGCCCAGGUCUACUUUUGCCCCGAAUCGCCUCGUUGGCUCAUUCAACACGGUCGCAUCGACAAAGCUUUCAGCGCCUUUCGCACUCUCCGGCCCACCGAUCUUCAAGCCGCCCGAGAUCUCUACUAUGCUUACGUUCAAGUCGAAAUUGAACGUCAAGUCAAUACAGGCAGGAACUUCUUCAGCAUGCUCCUCGAACUCUUCACCGUGCCCCGCAAUCGUCGCGCCACUCUAGCCAGCUGGAUCGUCAUGUUCAUGCAACAGUUCUGCGGCGUCAAUGUGAUAGCAUAUUUUUCCAGCACCAUUUUCAUCGAGGCCGGGUAUAGCAUCCAAGAAGCCCUGCUCGCCUCCAUGGGCACCGGCAUCUUGAAUUGGGUCUUCGCCCUCCCGGCCUUCUUCACGAUUGACACCUGGGGACGACGGAAUCUCCUGCUGUUGAGUGCAUUUAAACCACAGGGUGCAUUUGGCUGGUACGCAGCGUGGUGUGUCAUCGGCUGGGUGUUGGUGCUUUUGUUCGUCCCGGAGACUAAGGAACUAACCCUCGAAGAACUCGACCAAGUCUUCUCGGUCUCAACCCGCAAACACGCCCGCUACCAGCUCAAGAACGCCUGGUGGCACUUCCGAGUCUGGGUCCUCCGGCAGAAACUCGAACCCCUGCCUGAAUUCUACAAGGGCGCGGAGAGAUUGGCGGAGGUGGUUCACUAGUGGUAGCUGUAGGAUGUCCUGUGGUCGGAGCAUGUGAAAUCCG